UGGGACCCGGCCAGAUGGAACAGAGAUAACAGGAGACGCGCCCGUCUGUCAGGCACGCCCAUAGUCACACGGUGAUACUGAGUUCUGAGAGCUUCGGCAAGCAAGUAUCAGAUACGGAAGCCAUAUCCACCGUGUUUCCGUGUAUAUUUUCUAUGAACUGAUAAAAUAGAAGCCCGUGAAAUGCUAUUGCAUGAGGUAGGUAUCCCACGGUGUUUCAGGAGGCACGCUUUACUUUACGUAACAGUCAAAUGUGACUUGAUCAAAUUGAACUCUCGUGGUUUAGUCGAUGAGUUUUCUCGUUCUUUGUUUUUUUCCUGACACUUUUAUCGACUAUUCUUGAUUCUGGCAAGUUACCAUGACACCCUAGCAAUUGCAAGUAGUUCUACCCGUCUGUUAAACGAUUUAACUGACAGUGCAUGGCUGCUGGCCAGAACGGGAACACAUAAUUCGUUAUCUCAGCCCAUGGAAUAAAAGGACGCUUGCGGGGAUACGGGAUACUUGCUCGGAACGGUCACGGUCACGGUCACGGGACUUAUUUCUUGAGGGAACGGGUUAUUUUGUACCUUCCACACUCCACCUGUAAAAAGCAGUUUAUGUUUGCGGUACAGAGUCCGCUGAAAAACCGGCUGCUCGCUGUGAGUCGGGCCCGGCCGUCAGAUACGGUCCUAUCGCCCGGUUGUAGUCCAUCCGGCCGUCCCGUCGGCCACCAGUGAGCGUCCCAGCGCGGCGGCGGACGGUCGUCCCGGUCCCGGUCCGCGCCCCUCCGUCCGUCCUCUGCCCGGUGACCGGUCAUGGCCCGUCUGUGGACGCUGCUGGCGCUGCUGGGCGCCGCCGUCUCGGCGCCGCUCGAGUGCCCGCUGCCGGACGGUCCCGACUCGGCCGACGAGGCCACUUGCGGCCUCUACUCGGCCUGUGUGUGGGAGCAGGGCGGCUGCCGGCUGGCCGACCGCGUCGGCUACCAGCUGCUGGAGCCACCGCACGUCAUCCAUACGGGCUACGAGCUGCUGCUGGGCCGCCGGGACAGCGAGAUCACCAUGUUCGGAGACGACGUCGAGCGACUGACGGUCACUGCCGUCGAGUACGACGACAACAGGAUGGCCCUGACGUACCGGGACACGGCCGCGGCCCGGUACGAGGUGCCCGUCGAGCUGGACGUGCCGCCGCUGCCCACUCUGCCGCCGUCCGAUCCGCAUUACGCCAUCACGCUGACGGCCACCGAGGCCGGCCAGACGUUCGGCGUCCAGGUGACGCACCGCCAGCGGCCGGUGAUCACCUCGCGGCCCGAGCUCAUCUACGGAGAUCAGUUCAUCGAGGCCACCUUCCUGCUGGGCGCCAGCGACCUGUACGGCUUCGGCGAGAACAACCACGACAGCUUCCGACACGACCUCGAGGCGGGCGUCACAUGGCCCAUCUUCGCCCACGACCAUGGACCUGGAUUUGAUGUCGAGAAUCUGUACGGGGUUCACCCCUUCUUCCUGGGAAUUGAGGACGACUCCGGAAGCAGUUUCGGCGUACUGAUCCUCAACAGCAACGCGAUGGAGUACCGUCUGUUCCUGCUGGACGGCGUUCCCGCCCUGACGUACCGCACCACGGGUGGCAUCCUGGAUCUGUACUUGUUCUUUGGUGACUCGCCGCUGGAAGUGCUGCAGCAGUACCACCGCACUAUUGGGCUCCCCGUGAUGCCGCCCUACUGGGGCCUCGGCUUCCAGCUCUGCCGCUGGGGCUACAAGAGCGUCCAGGACAUCAGGGACGUUCGUGAGCGGAUGAAGGCCGCAGAGAUUCCUCAGGACGUCCAGUACUCCGACAUCGAUUACAUGGACGGCAAACGAGACUUCACCAUCGACCCCAACAACUUCGCCGACCUGCCGACGUUCAUCCAAGAGCUCCGCGAGGAGGGCGUUCGCUUCGUGCUGAUCUACGACCCGGCGAUCGCCGCCGACUUCGGCACCUACCCCACCUCGGAUCGUGGCGUCGAGCAGGACGUCUUCGUCAAGUGGCCCAAUGCGUCGUUCAUACCUGAGAACCAGUGUACUGGCUGCGGACAGUAUGUCGCUGGCAAAGUGUGGCCAGAUGGACCGACGCUCUACCCCAACUUCUUCGCCAACCGAACGGUGCAGUGGUGGACGGACGAGAUACGGCGGUUCCGCGCCGCGGCCGGCGAGCCGGAUGGUUUCUGGAUCGACAUGAACGAGCCCUCGUCGUUCGACACCAACAUCGGCCGGGUGAGCCACAACUCUCUGCGGGGCGCUCUCCAGUGUUCGCACACGGCGCUCGACUACCCGCCGUACACCACCCGCUUCGUCCGGUCCGGUUUCAACCCGAGCGGCACCGUGGCCGACCACACCAUAUGCAUGGCGAGCGUGCACGCGGCCGACCUGGACGGCACCGCCACCUCGUACUACCACUACGACGUGCAUAGCCUGUACGGCUGGAGCGAGAGCCGCGCCACGCGCGCCGCCGUGCGCGCCACCAUGGCCGGCCGGCGCAGUCUGAUCGUCAGUCGGAGCACGUUCGUCGGCGCGGGCCGCUGGGCCACCCACUGGACGGGCGACAACACCGCCAGAUGGAGCGACAUGAAACGCUCCGUCGUCGGUAUCCUGGAGUUCAGCAUGUUCGGCUUCCCGCACGUCGGCGCAGAUAUCUGUGGCUUCGGAGGCGAAACCAACGAGAACCUCUGUCUUCGCUGGACGCAGCUUGGAGCGUUCUAUCCCUUCAGUCGUAACCAUAACACGAUUGGAGCGGCCGCCCAGGACCCGGCCAUGUGGCCGUCGGUGGCUGCGGCGGCGCGCGACGCGCUCGGCCUCCGCUACCGGCUGCUGCCCUACCUGUACACGCUCUUCUGGCGCGCCUCAGAGAUGGGCGAGACGGUGACGCGGCCGCUGGCCUUCCAGUUCCCCUCGGACCCUGCGCUGCGCGGCGUCGACACCCAGUUCCUGUGGGGCGACGCCGUCAUGGUGGCGCCCAUCCUGGACGAGGCCAGCAUGACGUCCGUCAACGUCACGUUCCCGGCCGGCCAGUGGUGGGACCUGCGCUCGGGCGCGCUGGCCUACGACGCCGACCACUCGGGUGGCGUGCUCUACCAGGUGGCGCUGGACGAGAUGAUCCCCGUGUUCGGCCGAGGCGGCGCCGCCGUGCCCACGCAGCGCAACGCCACCACGACGGCCGCCAGCCGCGCCAACCCGUUUUCGCUGGCGGUGUUCGGCGCCCAGGCGACCGGCAUGCUCUUCUGGGACGACGGAGAGACCACGGACACGUUCAAGGACGGCAGCUUCUACCACUGCCUCUUCCACUUCAGCGACAACACGCUCGACAUCCAGGUGACCUACAACGACACGCAGUGGAUGCCGGACCCGACGCUGUCCGAGAUCUCCUUCUACGGAGUGCCAUCGGAGCCGUCAUCGGUCAGCGCCGACGGAGUUCCGAUGCCGGCCGACGGCGUGGUGUACGAGCCGGCCACAGGACUGCUGACGGUGCACACCCAGCUGGGCAUGGAGGCAGACCACCGGGUCGUGCUGAAUUAUUAACGGUUCUGACCACCUCGGCGUCAGCCUUCAGGCACAUAGAAUCAGCGUGAACAGCUGUGAAGCGACCGGUUUGCUUAUGAUGUGGGUGUGAAGCAUUAACUGGAAUAUAUGUCAUUUUGGAUCAA